AGGAGGCUAUCUUCCUGUGAAAGCAACUGUCUAGUUAUAUUUUGGAUGAUUCAUUUUAUUCAUCUUUUGUUUUUUUAUUCUACGUUAUCUUUCUUGUGUGUGUAGAGAAGACGACGAUAGCCAGGCAACUAGGUUUAAACGAUAUAAGCGCGUUUGUCGCUUAACCAAACGUAAUGGCUAGGGAGUAUGACCAUCUCUUCAAACUACUCAUUAUAGGCGAUAGCGGAGUUGGAAAGAGCUCUCUGCUCCUUAGAUUUGCGGAUAAUACAUUUUCUGGCAGCUACAUCACAACAAUUGGCGUAGAUUUUAAAAUACGAACAGUCGAAGUUGAAGGAGAAAGGGUGAAACUACAGAUAUGGGAUACCGCCGGCCAGGAACGAUUUCGAACAAUAACUUCUACUUACUAUAGGGGUACUCACGGCGUAAUUGUAGUCUAUGAUGUCACAAAUGGAGAUUCAUUCGCAAAUGUUAAGAGAUGGCUUCAUGAAAUUGAACAAAACUGUGAAGUGGUGAACAGGAUACUCGUUGGCAAUAAAAAUGACGCACCUGAUAGAAAAGUUGUGUUAACCGAAGAUGCUCAGAGAUUUGCAGAUCAGAUGGGAAUACAGCUUUUUGAAACUAGUGCGAAAGACAACAUCAAUGUUGAAGAAAUGUUUAUGGCGAUUACAAGACAAGUUCUGAGGACGAAGAAGGAACGAAAAGAGAGGCAGGCAAUUCAGAACAAUGACACUGUAAAUCUUCGAAAACCAAAACAGAGCAAAAGGAAAUGCUGUUAGCAUCCUCGAGUACACCUAUAAACAGGUGUACAUUUUUCCCUGGUGUGGAGCAGAAAACUUCAAGAAUGUUUCAAGGAGUGCUGCAAAGUGUGCAGAACAGCAUUGAACAGAUUGCUCUGUCAGCACUGCUUUCUUUUCCUUAAAUUUGAUGUUUGGUGUACAUAUUACAUAAAAAUCGUAUCAAAUCAAGUUUUUCCAACCGACGAAAAUGUCCUUGAGGAAUUCAGCUGCAGCUAAGGAUGAAAGUGUGUGGUGUUUCGUCAUUUUGAUUUGCUACAUUGGGUCAACAGUCGUAGGUCCUUUUCACCCACAAAUAUUUAUAGAAUGUCUGACAGGAUAAGCAUUGAGUGACAGGAGUGAAAAAUAAGCAGAAAAGACACAUUGUUUAGAGAAUACUCUAUAGAGUGAAACUGCGUGCAUGUAUGGAUGGUGUGCAUGUUGUACAUUUGCUUCGAGUGUCUGAAAUUAUCGAAGUUCUGUAACAAAAGUAUUUUCUAAAUAUAAGUGAGGAAAUUCGUGUAUGCAUGUCUGCAUUUAUAGAUGUUGCAUAAUGCCAAAUAUGAAAUAUGUUGUCAUUCUUAAUUUUCUGCAUGUAUUUGAAAUCAAGAAAUCAUUGUAUUAUAUUUCUAGUUAUACACUUUGGUAUUUUUACAUACAUUUCUAUGUAUUCAAAUAAUUUACUAAUGUAUAGGAAAAAUAAAGAAUAUAUUUUUAUUUAUUUUUCAUGCAAUAAAUUUUGUAUUGUAUUAGUAUUCUAUAAAUGUGAAUGAAUUGUUACAGAUGUAAGGCAUAUAUGCCUUGUUUUGUUGUGUAGAUAAGUCAGAAGUUCUCAAAAGCAUUACAGUAUUGUGGAUGUUGUAAUUCAUUGAUGAUGCAUGAAACAAAAUUAAAUAUUUUAAAACAAGUUGUCCUAUUAUUUCAUGGAAUUUGGAUGCAGUUACAGGGUACCAAUAAUUGUCAACAACAGAUACUGCAUAGCAUCAUCAGCUUUGCUCUUUACCUCUUGCUGUCAAUGAAUACUAUAUGAAGAGAGUGCAUUUAUAAAUGAGUGUUAAAUGUUCUUGAAACCCGUAUCGUAUUUCAUAUUUAAUUACAUUUUCUAAGUACAUUCCAGUUGCAGGUUUUUAAAUAAUUUUCCAGGGUACAAAAAUUCCAAUGAUAUGGUGUUUCUGUCCCAGUAUUUGUUUACCAGUUGCAGUUGUAGUACUUUCAUUUUCACAUCUGAAAGUACGUUGUUACAGAUGUGUUGCAAUAAUUAACAUAUUUGUAAGCAGAUUUGACAUGCACAGUAAAAAAUAAAAUGAGUACUACAGACUCUUUAAUUAAUAGCAAUGUAGAUAACAGAUUAGUUGAGAUGAAAAGAUGUUUCACACUGUUGCUGAGAAGUAUUUUUUUAACAUAGCUGUUUUGCUUUUAUGCAUCUUCAAUUUUUAGCAGAUUUAUAGCAACUUCCAUGUAUUGAUUUAAUUAUUUGUUUAUUUGCAGAAGACCCUGUACCUCAGUAUGUAUCUUAAAUGUUACCAGUAUACUGAACUUUGUAGUUUUGCACUUGAAAGCCUCUUACAACCAUGCAUUAUGUUGGUGAGGAGAUAAGAUCAUCUUGCGGCAACAGUCAUUGAUGUGUUGGAGAUACAAAAUUAGUAUAUGAAAUAUAGAGCAAAUUUUUUCGGGUCUGUUUUAUACAUCUGGGAUAUGAAUUUUUUUCUUUCCUAAGACCACUUGUAAUAUUAGAAUUAAAAAAAGAGUUCACUUUUUGACACAAAGUAUAUCAUCACAUCCCAGCAAACUAUACUUAAGUCGUGUCUUUUUACGUGUGAAGAUGUGCUAAUGAAACAAAGGCAAAAUCAUUGUUUCAUUGACUUUAUUUUAAAGAUUUCUGCAUUUAUGAAAAUAACUUUGAAUAGUAGUUCUUUUUCUUUUUUUCAUACUUAACUGAGAAAAACAUUUAAAACUGAGCAUACAGGAGUAACUAAAUGUUAUUACAAACUUGACUUUCAUAAAUUGUUUUGGAAUAAUUUAAAGUAGAAUUUCUUUGCUCUAUGUACAUGUAUUGUAAGAAAUAAUGUAACCGAUACUGUUUCAAAUACAAGUGCAUAUCAGGUCGUCCAAAUGUUUUAAAACAAAUUUAAUCUUGACAGUUUUUGUAUUAUUGUAAUGUGUCAAUCGUGUGUUGAUCUGGCUGUAAAGACAAACAAAUCCACAGUGUGAAAUAUAUAUGUAUAUAUAAAUGUGCAUAUUAUAUUGUAUUUUGAUAUUCAUGUCCAUUUUGCUUUCCUGCAGAGUAAUGUGUGCUCACUGUGAAAUGUUCCCACUACCUUGGGAAGCAUUCCAAUUACUAUCAUGUUAAAGAUUGCAUCGAAUAGUAAGAUCGGCACUUACAGAAUUAAGCACAUGUUUCUUUGUGGCUGGUUAAGGAAUGCUUAACCUAAAUUCCUUUAAAUGUAGGUUGCUGCAGCUGGUCUUCCUAUAUGUAUAUGUUGCAAUAAUAAUCUGCAGAAUUAUGAGG